AUGGCGACCUUUUCACGCCUCGUCCGCUUCCUGGCCAAAGACGGCCACAUUUACUACGGCGAUGCCGUGCUCCCCGCCGGCGUGAGCGAUGUGGCCCAGGCCACCCAGGCCCGCGUCAUCCAGGGCGAUAUCUUCGGCCAGCACCGCGUCACUGAUCAGAUCGCCGACGUGCGCCUGCUCCUUGCCCCGCUGGCCCGCGAGGACAUCGGCACUGUGCGCUGCCUGGGCCUGAACUACGAGCAACACGCCAAGGAGUCCAACCUGCCCAUCCCGAAGUUCCCCGUGCUGUUCUUCAAGCCGGUCACCGCCGUCGCCGGCCCCAGCGAUGACAUCCCGGUCGCACCGAUUGCCCAGGAGAGCGAGGGCCUGGACUAUGAGUGUGAGUUGGUGGUGGUCAUGGGCAAAGAGGCAAAGAAUGUGCCCGAGAGCAAGGCGCUGGACUAUGUUCUCGGCUAUGCGGUCGGCAACGACGUCUCCCACCGCGACUGGCAGAUCAAGCGCGGUGGUGGCCAGUGGGGAUUGGGGAAGGGCUUUGAUGGCUGGGCGCCGUUGGGACCAGGAAUCGUUUCGUCCAAGCUGAUUGCGGAUCCGAAUGCGCUGCACAUCUCGACGACAUUGAACGGCAAGACGGUGCAGUCGUCCUCGACGAAGGAUAUGAUCUUCGGCGUGGCCAAGACGAUUGCCUUCUUGUCCCAGGGCACGACGUUGCUGCCCGGUGAUCUGAUCUUUACUGGAACGCCACAGGGGGUGGGUAUGGGCCGCAAGCCCGCUCUGUGGCUGAAGGACGGCGACGAGGUGAAGGUGUCGCUGGAGGGAGUGGGCUCCAUUGUCAACCGGGUCGUCUUUGACAAGCCGAGCUCUAAGCUGUGA